CGAAGGGCCAAUUUCUGACAUUAUGGCGGGCGCCGCAGCUUGCUUGGCCGAGACGCGGGUGGGGCAAGUAGUAAUGCCGGGGGAAGCGUUGAUCUUGCCCAGUCAGGGCGAAGCGGACGGCGAGCGGCUGCGUCUGAAUUCGAGUGGGCCGCAGAAGGGGCGGCUGGUUUGUGGGCCGGGGUUGAGACGCGGCGCCGACGGCCUGCUAGUUACCAAAUGCGGGUUGCUUCGCUACCGUGGCCAUUCCGCUCAGACCGGAAGUGUGAGCGGAAGUAGUUCCGGGGGAACCUAUUGGGUGGACUCACAACAGAAGCGGUAUGUCCCAGUGAAGGGAGAUCAUGUGAUCGGCAUAGUGACAGCCAAAGCUGGGGACAUAUUCAAACUGGAUGUUGGAGGCAGCGAACAUGCCUCUCUCUCUUACUUGGCAUUUGAAGGAGCCACCAAAAGGAACAGGCCAAAUGUGCAGGUGGGUGACCUUAUUUAUGGCCAGUUCAUCGUGGCCAAUAAAGAUAUGGAACCCGAGAUGGUCUGCAUAGACAGCAGCGGCCGGGCGAAUGGCAUGGGAAUCAUAGGACAGGAUGGCUUUUUAUUCAAGGUCUCACUAGGCCUGAUAAGAAAACUCUUGGCUCCAGAUUGUGAAAUCAUGUGGGAUUUGGGACAACUUUAUCCUUUUGAGUUAGUGUUAGGAAUGAAUGGAAGAAUCUGGGUAAAAGCCAAAACAAUUCAACAGACUUUAAUAAUAGCAAAUGUUCUGGAGGCUUGUGAGCACAUGACAGCCGAACAGAGGAAAUGUGUAAUUGCAAAAUUGUUAGAAAACUGAUGCCGAUGAGGAUGAUGACGCGUGAUAAAUUUCCAGAGAGAGAAAGAGAAAAUGCUGCACAUUUAAAUAUUUUAUAGGUAUAAGAUAAAUACAAACUAGAGCUGUUAAUUCUAUGUAUUUUGGGGGUUGUUGUUUCUUGUACUCUAUCCUGUUUAUUUUUCAAAUGGGAAGUUCUGUACUUAGUAGUGGACUUUUUGUAAAGAUUCCCAAACUACAAUGUUGUAAAUGUUUGUUGAAGAUUUAAAAAAAGGGGAUACUUGCUAUUUUUUAACUUGAUAUUCGUUUCAUUUAAUUUGCAAAUAUGUACAGACUUUUUCACGAGGAAUUUUUUAAUUCACUGAGAUGUAUGUUACAUGCAUCAUGGCCUAAGACUGAAUUGGAUUUUUAUUCUGAAAAGUAGAUGCUGAAAAAAUGAAAUAUAAAUAAAAAUUACCAGAGAAAUGUACUGCUGUUAAAAAAAGCAACAACCAGAAAAUUAAGUUUCUCUCAAAGAUUUAACCCUUUGGAUGCAGCUUUUAAAAAUGAUUGCAAAAUUAAUGUUUGGCUUUGGCAUUGAAUUAGACUUCUCAGUUACACAUUUAUUUAGCUUUCUCUUCAACAUAAAAAUGUAAUCAAACAUUGCAGUGAAAACUUGAUCCCCCUGUUUAUGUGAAUGGCCAAACAAAGAUCACAACAUUUUAACUCAAAUGGGAUAAAUACCAAUGGCAGCAAUUUUAAAGAAAACAGAACUUUAGUUUGAUUUAUUAUGGAAUGAUCACUGUGGUAUUGAUUUCUUGCUACUUUGUAUCCCUGUGAUAUUGAUUCCUUUCUAUUUUGUUUGUCUGGUGUUGGUUCUUUACUAUUUUGUAUUGAUUCUGAAAGUAAUUGUGGAAUUGUUUUUCUUGCUUUUUUUAAAGUUAAACAUACAUGGCAGGUUAGAAGAAUGGCUAGCCUUGAAGGAUUCAUCAGACAGCAGCUUAGAAAUGCUCCUAUUCAAGGAGCAUUAAAAUCUGGUGUUUUUAUGCUGUCUACGUGCAGGAGAGCUUUGAUGGCAGAGGAGCCGUGCUCUUUCCCAAGAUUGUGGAUUGGACAUUGAUCCUGGGUUUGGAUCAUUGCGGCUGAAUUUUUUUUCUAAAGUGGAAUCCAUCUGCAUUUUGUCAGCCAUAGAGAAGAUCUGGGCUAUCUCUGGCCUCUUGCCUAGCUUAAACCAGUGCCUUUUGUCUUGUGAAAUGCACAAGGUCUUUCAGAAAUCUG